GGCGAGAGCCGGGGCCGGGCUCACUGAGGCGGGCACUAGGCCCGGGUGUGGGCGGGGGCGCGGCGGCGGCUGAGUGCAGCCGCCCAGAGCGCCGAUGGCAGCGGCGGCGGCUCACCACGUGAUCCAGGAGGGCGGAAGCGGAAGUGCCGGCCUGGAGCCCGCGCUAGGAGGGUGUCCCUUCAGCGCUGCCCAGCAGCCCCCUGCCCCAGCCAUGGACUGCUACACCGCGAACUGGAACCCGCUCGGGGACUCUGCCUUUUACCGGAAAUAUGAGCUGUACAGCAUGGACUGGGACCUGAAGGAGGAACUCAGGGACUGCCUGGUGGCCGCUGCACCCUACGGGGGCCCCAUUGCACUGCUGAGGAACCCCUGGAAGAAGGAGAAGGCUGCAAGUGUACGGCCGGUACUUGAGAUCUACUCUGCGUCUGGCAUGCCUCUGGCCAGUCUGCUGUGGAAGAGUGGGCCAGUGGUAUCCCUGGGCUGGUCAGCUGAAGAGGAGCUCCUCUGCGUGCAGGAAGAUGGUGUAGUACUGGUUUACGGGCUUCAUGGUGACUUCCGGAGACACUUCAGUAUGGGCAAUGAGGUACUCCAGAAUCGGGUUCUAGAUGCCCGGAUCUUCCAUACCGAAUUUGGUUCUGGAGUGGCCAUCCUCACAGGGGCCCACCGCUUCACCCUCAGUGCCAAUGUGGGUGACCUCAAACUCCGCCGAAUGCCAGAAGUGCCAGGUUUGCAGAAUGCACCCUCGUGCUGGACCACACUGUGCCAGGACCGAGUGGCACACAUUCUUCUGGCUGUGGGACCCGAUCUUUACCUCUUAGACCAUGCAGCCUGUUCCACAGUGACGCCCCCUGGCCUGGCCCCAGGAGUGAGCAGCUUCCUGCAGAUGGCUGUCUCUUUCACCUACCGACACCUGGCACUCUUCACAGACACAGGCUAUAUCUGGAUGGGGACAGCUUCACUCAAGGAAAAGCUGUGUGAGUUCAACUGCAACAUCCGGGCCCCCCCGAAACAGAUGGUCUGGUGCAGCCGUCCUCGCAGCAAGGAAAGGGCUGUUGUGGUGGCCUGGGAGAAGCGGCUGAUGGUGGUGGGUGAUGCACCUGAAAGCAUCCAGUUUGUGCUGGAUGAGGACUCCUACCUGGUACCUGAGCUGGAUGGGGUCCGCAUUUUCUCGCGCAGCACCCAUGAAUUCCUGCAUGAGGUUCCAGUGGCCAGUGAGGAGAUCUUCAAAAUUGCCUCAAUGGCCCCUGGAGCACUGCUGUUAGAGGCCCAGAAGGAAUAUGAGAAAGAGAGCCAGAAGGCAGAUGAGUACCUGCGGGAGAUCCAGGAGCUGGGGCAACUGACCCAGGCUGUGCAGCAGUGCAUUGAGGCUGCGGGACAUGAGCACCGGCCAGACAUGCAGAAGAGUCUGCUCAGGGCUGCCUCCUUUGGAAAGUGUUUCCUCGAUAGAUUUCCACCUGACAGCUUCGUGCGCAUGUGUCAGGACCUGCGUGUGCUGAAUGCCAUUCGGGACUAUCACAUUGGGAUCCCCCUCACCUAUAGCCAAUACAAGCAGCUCACCAUCCAGGUGCUGUUAGACAGGCUUGUGUUACGGAGGCUUUACCCCCUGGCCAUCCAGAUAUGCGAGUACCUGCGCCUUCCUGAAGUGCAGGGUGUCAGCAGGAUCCUGGCCCACUGGGCCUGCUACAAGGUACAACAGAAGGACGUGUCCGACGAGGAUGUUGCUCGGGCCAUUAAUCAGAAGCUGGGGGACACGCCUGGUGUCUCCUACUCUGACAUUGCUGCACGGGCCUAUGGCUGUGGUCGCACAGAGCUGGCCAUCAAGCUGCUGGAGUAUGAACCACGCUCUGGGGAGCAGGUACCUCUUCUCCUAAAAAUGAAGAGGAGCAAACUGGCCCUGAACAAGGCCAUCGAGAGUGGGGACACGGACUUGGUAUUCACCGUAUUGCUGCACCUGAAGAACGAGCUGAACCGAGGAGAUUUUUUCAUGACCCUUCGGAACCAGCCGAUGGCCCUCAGCUUGUACCGACAGUUCUGUAAGCAUCAGGAGCUAGAGACGCUGAAGGACCUUUACAAUCAGGAUGACAACCACCAGGAGCUGGGCAGCUUCCACAUCCGAGCUAGCUACGCUGCAGAGGAGCGUAUCGAAGGGCGGGUCGCAGCUCUGCAGACAGCAGCCGACGCCUUCUACAAGGCCAAGAAUGAGUUUGCAGCCAAGGCCACAGAGGAUCAAAUGCGGCUCCUACGGCUACAGAGACGCCUAGAAGAUGAGCUGGGGGGUCAGUUCCUAGACCUGUCUCUACAUGACACAGUCACCACCCUCAUUCUCAGUGGCCACAACAAGCGUGCAGAGCAGCUGGCACGUGACUUUCGCAUCCCUGAUAAGAGGCUCUGGUGGCUGAAGUUGACUGCCCUGGCAGAUCUGGAAGACUGGGAGGAGCUAGAGAAGUUUUCUAAGAGCAAGAAAUCACCCAUUGGCUACCUGCCCUUUGUGGAGAUCUGCAUGAAGCAACAUAACAAAUAUGAGGCCAAGAAAUACGCCUCUCGUGUGGGUCCCGAACAGAAGGUCAAGGCCUUGCUUCUCGUUGGAGAUGUGGCUCAGGCUGCAGACGUGGCCAUUGAGCGCCGGAAUGAGGCAGAGCUGAGCCUUGUAUUGUCCCACUGCACUGGAGCUACAGAUGGGCCCACGGCAGACAAGAUUCAACGGGCCAGGACACAAGCCCAGAAGAAGUGAGGGGCCUACCCUGCAUGUCUCCUUGAGUCCUGGGCUUGGCAGAAGUGUCUGCUCAUUCAGCUCCUCCCCCAGAGUUAAGCUGAGGAGCUGGGUGUGAAAGGAGCCAGGAAUCUGGUUGUAAAUAAAGUUGGAACAUUUUA